CCCCCCACCACUCCCGUUUUCACACUACACACUCCAAGCAGCUCAUACCAACACAACCUAGGUGUACGCCAAGUGCCUGGAACGGACUGGCAACGGCCCUACUAAAGCAAUUGAUAUUUCUGGGCUGUCGCGAUUGUCUUAUACUCCCAGGCGCAACUACCGACGCCAUGCCUUCAGCAGCCACCCCCGCCAUUUCAAAGGCUGGCAUCACCACAUCGGCCACUGGUGAACGCCAUAUUCCGUCCUCUGUUCGCCCAGAUGGCUCCAUACGCAAAGAAAUCCGAGUUCGUCCAGGUUACCGCCCACCCGAGGAUGUUGAACUUUACAAGAACCGUACUGCUGAGGGAUUUCGAAACCGAGGCAAGGGCGGCGUACCAGGUGCUGAGACUAUCACCAAAGAGGAUGAGACCAGCAAACUGGGCCCUGCUGCAAACAAAAAUGCCAAGCGCAGGGAAGCUAGGAAGAAGGCAGCAGCUUCUGCAAGCGACAGCAAGGAAGAACAGAAGCCUGGUUCCACCGAGAACAAGGACAAGGAGGAGGCGAACCCGGAGCCUGAGAAAGUCGUUGAUCCCGAAGCAGAAAAAGAGAAGGAAGCCAAGAAGCUCGCAAAGAAGUUGAGACAGGCUCGUGAACUCAAGGACAAGAAGGAAAAAGGCGACAAGUUACUUCCGGAGCAGUUUGAGAAGGUCAUCAAGAUCAACGAGCUAAUCCGCCAACUGGACACCCUUGGGUUCGACCCACAGGGAGAGAGGAAGAAGAGCGAGACUUGAAGCAAGUCACGCGAGCUGCUUCUUCGAAUACUUGUAUGGCCACCCCAGGUCUGUUGAAACCCAAUACUCUCGCGGAUUCGCAUAACCACAUCUGGGAACCCGUGCAAU